GGACAGGAAAUACUUUUAUUUUGAAAGUCAGCCUCUGGUAUCCGUUACAUCUUAUCAGAAGAGGAACGUCGAACGGAACACAUUUUUGUUGUCUUUUUUUUCAUUGAAAUAUCGAAAAGAUUCCACAAAACGACUUUGCAAUCUGGAACAGGAUUUAGAAAGGCAGCCAAUCGUCGACACCGGCAAGUGAAGACGCUCUCAUCAUCCAUCCUUUGGUCUCGUCACCUCGCUCGUCCCAAGAAGUGAAAUGUCGCUCUCCUUCUCCGGAGCGUUCACCAGUUCGCCAGUCAAGCGACGCCUCAGGUCAAGCUCCACCUACCCGAGCCCGGACGUGUCCCUUUUGUCUCCCGACUCAUCGUAUGUGUGCUACUCGGCGGGGUCCACGCCGGAGGCCGGCGUCCAUUCCCGUUGCUGCCGCCGCUCGCCCCGCCUCCUCACCAACGGCUACUACACUGUGACCGACGACAGCUUCCUGUGGGAUGAGGACGGCACGGUGUUGUUGACGCCCUGCGCUGCCAGCGUGUCCUACAAGGAAACCGUUUUCAGGGUGUUCCGUAGACGGCGACGUAAAGCGGGCGGCUCCCUGGCUCGCCUGCUGAGCGACGUCAGCAAGAGCUGCCAGACCUGGCUGGACAGCAGGCUGUUUGGGGGUGUUUUCCGCACAAGCCAGGACCUGGACCAGGACCUGGACCCAAAGAUAGAGCAGGACAACCGGCAUCUGCUCCAUGACCAGGACCAAGACGCGGCCCCGCAGGAAGGAUUCACUUGGCCUCAAGAGCAGAGCCAAUCCGGUCUCGGCCAAAGACAAGCGGACAACUGCUGCAGCAUCUUCACUUACGAUCCGAGCGAAGUGACGCCUCCUCCUGACAAAGAGGCCGCCCCGCGCUCCAAGCAGAUGAUCCAAGAGGAGAUUUGCUCAGAAAUAUAUCAAUCAAGCAAGCGCUUUGACCAGGCGCUAGGUGAACUCACGGAGUUCCCGCCUCCUUCCGUCUUUUACGCCAGCGCCUGCCGGCAGCCCGACAUGCCUCACCGUGCAGGGUUAAGGCUGAUGAGCCUUCUCGCUUUGGUCUUUGUCGCCUCCGUCUUCGUGAUGCUCGGCUCAGGGUGUCCGGUAUGGAGCGCAGCAGCAGUUUGCGUGAUUACGACGACGACGACAUGCCUCUGUGUGAGCUGGUGGCCUCGGCUGGAUUGGAGAGGUACCAAGACUGAGGACAUCACUUCACGCAAUGAGUGACCUUGCAGACCACAACUCCACCAAUGCAUGCGCACGCACAUGAUUUCUAUUUAUUUUUAUUUAUAUAUCGACGACCCAACAAAUCCACUCUGACACUUUAAAGAAAAAAAAAGUAGCGUAGCAAAUGAACAAGAGACAAUUCGGAGGAAACACUUGUGGCCCUUUUAUCCAUCGCUCGUGGUUGCUCCAGCAACAAAUGAUGCGGUUGGCAUCGCCAUGGCGACCAAACAUUGUUUUUCAACAAAUUUCCUGAUGCUGGUUUUCCAAGGCCUUUAUGAACUCAGUGACAUCUCUCUCGCCUUUGGUCAUGAGUGCAUUUGCAUUUUUUUUUAUUGUGUGGAGCAAGAAGGGUCAAAUGUGGUUUUAUUUACUAAAACAUUCAUUUUUAUAAGAGUGUUGUCACCGAAAUGUGUCUGCAUGAUGUUGCUUUUAUUUAUGAUUUAUAUUUGUCAGCCAAUCAAAAUACAGUAUAAUCAUUGUCACAUGUAAGCGUGACACGUGUGUGUCCAACACUUCCCAGUUUUACUUUUAUAGACGCACAUUAAAAGCUCAUAUUUGUC